AUGAUAGAGAUGAUGAAGGAUGAAGGUUUUGAGAAUAGUACAGAUUUUGGCAGUGACAAGGACAUUGAAACCGUUUAUAUGCAGCAAGUUGCUAGCAGAAAAAUCCGAUUGGUAGUCUCAUUGUAUAUCAAAAGUUUCAGUGUCUUUAUCACUGCCAACUUUGCUAAUAUUUUCAAAACCUUCAUUGUUGUUUUCGUCAUCAUUAAGAUAACUGCCUUCCUCUACGUAAACACGUGCGACGCUGUUGUCAAGUGCAUUUUAGUUGUCACAGGCGUCGCAAUUAUCAUGUGCGUCACAGAUAUCACGUGCAUUGCAGUUAACACGUGCAUCGCAGUCAAAAUCAUCUGUAGAAAGAAUGGACUUGCGAUUGUUAAUUUAAUUGUAGAUAGUUGA